AUGGGCAACACUUUAACGGGAGAACUCAUCGAUUCAUGGAAUGAAGCCGACGUGAGAAAGUGGAAAGAAACGGCUUGGAACAUGCAACAGUGCACUUAUCUGCAGUUCGAAGGAAGUCAAUUCCACGACAUAACCGACUUGUCCGUAGAUCUCAGCGUCACGAAGAUUUGCUUUGCAAUUUACGGGCCCCCAACAGAAGAAGCCAAGACUUUGGAAGUUGCUUACUCGAAAGAGCAACGCGAAUUCGGGCGAAAAUGUUAUGAUAAGAUCAGAGAAGUUUGGGGCAAAGCACCCGAAAAAAAGUUCAAACUCGGAUUCGUGUUCGUUUUUUGCAAGGAAGGAGAGAAAGAGUAUCAGGUACAGAAUAUAUCGAAGCAAAGUCCACUUUAGAUUUCAUAGCGUUUUUCAGGUUCCUUUGUUCCGUCUUCUUUGGGAAACCAAGAAUAGCGUAGACUUUAGUCGUUACAUUGACACUUCAAUGCGCGUGUACGAAAGUGCGCAAGACUGGAAAGACAACAAUCACUUGCCGAUGAUGAAGUACUGUUAUCCGACAACGUUUUCUUAUACACGCCAUUCUGGCUGGAGUUACGAGUAUGACCCAACGAAAGAAAUUACUGUUGAGUUCAAUACAUCACCCGCAUGCAACUUGGCAUCCAGAAUUGCCCGAGUCGCCGAUGUGAUCAUAACUGCGGUCGGAAUGACUGUUGGAGUUGCUGCGAUCUUCACGCCGGUGGGAUUCAUCAGUGGGCCUGUCCUUCUUUCCGUCGGCGUCGGAUCCGCUGGCUGGGGAGUUGGUCGAGCCAGCCAGCGAUUAAUCGACAAAGCAAACCACGGGGAGAGCUUGAGCGAUCUGGAGAGCACUCUUUUGUGGCUGUCAAUUGCUGCGGCCCCAUUGAACUUCCUGAACGGAUUCGUCGGAGCAAGACUUGCCGCGGGUGCAGCAGGCGGAAGGAUUUUCUCGCAGACUCAUCGAGUUCUGGCCACUCUUUUAAUGCUGACUGUGGUCGGCGUAGAUUCCUUUUCCUUCAUCCUGAAUCUCUCGAAUCUCAUCGACAAGGCUAACAACAAGCAGCUGACUACUCUCGAUGUUCUGCAAUUCUCCGUCAGUACCUUAUUCUUCGGCAAUAUGCUUAUUCAACCGAAAACCGCCACAGGCAUCAUCGAGAAAGCUCAGCAGCAAAGAAUUCAUGAAAUCUCGACUGGUAUGACGGAUGCAGAGGCACAAAAAGCAUUCAAAUCCUAUUUGGAGACUAACAAAGGUGACGGUGGCAUCAAGGAUACUUCAAAGAUUGUGCGGAAUCUGAACAAGAUGGAAGAUCCCAACUUCUUUUUCAAAUCCGUCAAUGACUUCAAAGAAGUAAAAAUUGGAGGUAAAAAAGGAAAUACGAACUUAGUUUCCAACGGGCCCGGAAGUGGUGAAACUCAUCGAGUGAACCCGAAUAAAAGGUUGGUGGAUGGUGAAAAUACCAAUAAACUGAAAUAUUGCAGAACGCAGUUCACGAAAAAUCUACAGUCUGGUACUCCAAAAGUUAACAAACCAGCCGAACUGAAAAGCUGCUUGGGAGGAAAGGAAUACAAAGAUCAUAAGCACUUGGGAAAGUUGAACAACCAGCAAACUGGAAGACUGAAUAAGGCUAGGGAAAGAAGUAAAACUCAAAAAGGAACAAUUCUGUGUUCAGGUGUUCGGAGGAGCUGCCAAAUAUGAUGAGCACAUUGUUGAUUUCGCCACAAAACUGGCCGAUGAAAUGAAGAUGACAAACAAUCCGGACGGCUUCAUGUCACUUGUGGAAAUUGUGGCAGCACAGGCAAAAAGUCUGGUGUUUCAGUGAUUUUAAUAAUUGUCCAUAAGGUUUCAGAAGAUCCUAACUUUGCUCGUACCGGAAAUGUGAAAAAUUUCCUUGCGACACUUAUGAAGGAUUUGAACAAAGUGAGAGAGAUCUCAUCAUCGAAAACGCUCUCUUUUCCCGACGAGUUCAAAGCGCUUUAUCACUACCGGAAGCACGGAGAAGAGUUUAUGAAGUUUUGUACUCCUGAAUUCUAUUUGGGAAAGUUGCCAGGCAACGUACAGAACCAGGGUAAUCUUGCGGAUGUCUGCCAGGUCACUACCCAACUUCCGGUUAGUUUCUUAACUGUUCUCUCAAUUCUAGUUAACUUGGCUUUCAGAACGGAACAACAGAAGUUUUCACCCGAAAAACGUAUUUGCGUCACGAUGACUCGAUGCUUGUGAUCAUCGAGAAGGACAACCUGAAAAGCGUCAGCACCAUCUACAAGAAACCGGAAUUCUGGACAGAGUACAAGCAAAGAUUCGAAACGACGAACACUCCUCCCCCGGACGCCUCCUUCGCGAAUCUCGCAUUUGUUGCCGGGCUGGAUGCAGUUCAGCUGCAGCUCAGAUCCAGCAGCUUCUUCUUCCGUAACUCGGAAAUCACUGAAAGGGACCCGAACUAUGAACAAUAUAAGCGAAUGAUCGGAAUUCUUGCUGAGGAUAUGGCGAAUGUGCUUGCGCAUGAGAAAGCUUGA